CCCUCACAGCCAAAUUGCAUGCGUUCAAAAGCUCUUAUGUACAGACAUUUACGGAGGAUUGUGUACAAGAAAGUUGUACUGCCAAGUGCCACCGCCCAAUACCCAUGGAACUACUUUAGAUCGUCAUCCUAUAAUCUCUGCUAGCUCACGUGAGUCUCCUCCGAAGCUUUUGGCGGUCUGAUACUCUCUGCUUCCUCGCAGUUGAACUUACCUCCCAGAUCCGGAUCACUUCGAAUUUUUUGUCGCUGCAAAUGUCUGAUUGAAGUGCAGAUCGUGAUAGUUUGAUUGGAAGUCCAUUCUUUAAAUUGGCAGUGUUUCUCUUCUUCAAUUGAUCACAAGAUUCAUAGUGGGAAUAUUAUCGGUGUGAAUAAAAUCGAUUACUGUUGAACUAGUUGUUCCGAAAUGGAAGCUUCUAUUGGGUUGAGUCCAUCCACAACAGCAAACCCGAUGGACUUAGACUCAGAUCUUCAAAGUUUCCAAUUGGAAGUAGCUAAAGAAGGUUCAAGAUUCGAUCAUGAUUUCCAUUCCAUGAGCCCGCUUGAAAUUCUGAGAGAAACAGUGUGGAUUCUCCGGUACAAUUCGACCGGGUUGUUAUCUAUAAUGGCGUUGUUGAUUUUCCCAGUGUCUGCCUUGCUUUUGUCGAAUGUCUUGGUGAAUCAGUCCCUUGUGAAGAAACUGACAGCAAGGAUUUUGUUGGGUUUGAGAUCUAGUGGAAUUUCACUCAAGCCUUUCAUCGAACAGCUUGUUCACAAGUUCUCGGAAAUGGUGGUAGCAACUGCAGUGUCUUUCCCUCUAUGCGCUACAUCCUUAUUGCUCUCUAAAGCUGCCAUUAUUUACUCAGUGAGUUGUACUUACUCACGUGAACAUUUUGAUGCUUUAAAGUUCUAUGUGAUAAUUACCAAGAUUUGGAAGCGAAUCGUCUUCACUUAUUUAUGGGUAUGCACUGCUAUUUCUGGCUGUUUCACUUUGUUCAUUGUGAUCCUGGUUGCUAUUACCGCCUUGUUUUCAAUAUCAGGAUUCCCUUCAAAUUCAAUCUUAUACUCUUCCAUUGUACUCAUGGCGAUCUUCUCAAUUAUAAUAGCCAAUUGCAUAGUUAUUUGCAACAUUGCUAUUGUUAUUUCAGUGUUGGAAGAUGUGUCAGGCCUACAAGCAUUGCUCAAGUCCAAUUGCCUCAUCAAAGGGAAAACAAGGGUUGGUGUCCUUAUGUUUUUUGGAAUGAUCAUUGGGAUGGCAUUUGUGAAGGGCUUGUUUGAGCAUAGGGUGAAGACUCUUAGCUAUGGGGAUGGAUCUUCGAGGUUAUGGGAAGGCCCACUUUUGGUGAUAAUGCACUCGUUUUUGCUGCUUUUGGAUUCUAUGAUGUUUACGGUUCUCUACUUUACCUGUAAAUCUGGUAGAAUAGUAGAAGCACGUAAUGAAGAGAGUCAACCAAUAUUGGAAGCCACAAAGUAUCCAUCAACUUCAUCUGAAGCUCAAUGAACUUUGUCUGUGAACAGAAGUGAUGUGCACUGAUUAUGACUAGCAAAGCUAUUUGAAGGUUGUUAAGUGUAUGGAUCCGUCGUAUAAAAGUUGCAAUAUUUUAUUGGUUAUAUCAAUUCUUUUGAGAAAAUAUGUAAGUGGUGCAGGGCAAGGUUUUCUAUGGAGAGAACUGCCCUUUGUAGAAAGUUUCAAUCUGUAUUCAGCAUUUGAAUAAUAUAUCUCUACUUGGGAUUGAAAUUGAGAUUAGAUUUAGUGGGAUGGUACAUGGACAAUUGUUAUCUACGUGAUGCCAGCCUUGCUGAAAAAUGUUGGAUUUAUGAGAAAAUUGUUCUUUCCAC